AUGCCGUUCUUCAAGAAACUGAGGAGGUUCUCCAGACAUAAGAAACUAUGCGAGGAAUGGGCUCUGGCGAACAGUCGCGAGUGUGGAGGCGGAAGUUCAGCAAGCACGACGCACGAUGAACCCGAGGACGCGUCGGAGGCCAGGUUCACCCUCAAAUAUUUGGGUAGCACCCUCGUCGAGACACCCUCGAGCGAAGAAGCUACUGCAGAAGCCAUCAAGACUGUGAUCACGAUGGCGAAAGCAAGCGGCAAAAAGCUGCAACGAGUUUCUCUGGCCGUGAGUUUAAAGGGUAUUAGAAUGACGGAUCUCGCCACGGAAGAAGAUCAGCUCCAGGUAUCUAUAUACAGAAUUUCAUAUUGUUCGGCGGAUGCGGCUCAUGAUCACGUGUUCGCAUUUAUCGCAACAAAUUUGAAUGAAACUAUGGAGUGUCACGCGUUCCUCUGCCCGAAAAGAAAAAUGGCGCAAACGGUGACGUUAACGGUCGCUCAAGCCUUUAACACGGCUUACGAAGCUUGGCAACUGUCCCAAUCCGAUCCUAGGAUUCAUCACACUCAGGAUAAAAGUCCCUCGUUAACUGAUGAUAGGAACGAAAACAACGAGAAGAAAAAGAGCGAAGGAGGCGCGAAGACUGUGGAUAAGGUUAACGAGCAGAACAAAGACAAUGGCCAACAACGUAACACGAAUGACGCACCGAAAAAUCUUUUAAUCGAUUUAACGAACGAGAGUAAAGCAGCUGGAAAUUCAUGGGUUUGCUUCGAAGACGAAGACGGUAAGAAGAUACAAAAGAAGAAUAACGCUACCAGUAUCCCCAUGACGACUUUAAGACACAGCACGACAUCUGCAUCACAUCACGUCGUACCGAGGUCAACGACAGGUUUCAAAAUACAAAACGCUUGGGGUGAAUCAAGAUCCGUAGACUUGAUGUGCUCGUAGCAGGCGUAGCCUUCGGCCGAUAGCUUCCGAGAUGUGCCAUUAAUCACUGGUCUCUGGAAGUAUCUAUCGAAUAACGGCCAACCGAAGAAAGCCAAGCAAUAGACUAAUUGUUAUAUCGUCGAACUUAUGAUAUCACUUUUAAACGAUCAAUCGAGUCACUGGAAACAUGUAUUUUUUCCGACAAAAUUCGAGACAAACAAGGUGCUAAUUGUGAUCGCUCGACUAAUUUUUAAUAUUGAUAUUUCAUCGAAUAUCAUAGAGUCGACGAAGAGAAAAAAGUAUGGUGAUUCUUUUUGUGAUGACUUUUUCAUCCACUUAAUAUUCUUCGAAGAACAAUUGAUAUCGAGCGGUGCUCGGGAAGGAUUGAUGGAUCAA